AUGAAUCGCUUCUCUUACUUUCGUCGGUUCCUUGGGCGGCCGUCCGGGUUUCCCAUACUAGACUCCACCCUAAAAAUUGAAGAGGAGCGGCUGCCCGCAUAUAAUCGAGGCCUGUUUUAUCCAGUCAAACUUGGAGAUGUUUUUCUUUCUAGAUAUCAAGUCCUCACCAAGUUGGGGUUUGGCGCAAAUUCAACUGUCUGGUUUUGUCGUGAUCUCUGUCAACAUCGGUAUAUCGCACUGAAGAUUUACAUCUGCGGGUCGGAGGAUCGAGAAGUGCGAGUUCUUAGACACCUUUCCACCGUGAAGACACAUCAUCCCGGCAGCGCUCUCGUCCGUAAAAUGAUCGAGGAGUUCAAAAUCACGGGACCUCGUGGUAACCAUCAGUGCAUUGUUUAUGAGCCGCUUUUAACGAGCCUUUUACAUUUUCAGGCAACUUUGAACCCGAAGAGUCUUCCGGAGGACUUGCUGAAGGGAGCACUACAACAGCUGUUACUUGCGCUGGAUUAUUUACACACGGAAGCCCAUGUAAUACAUACUGAUAUACAAGCUAAAAAUAUUAUCAUUGGUGCUAAGGAUGAUUCCAUUUAUCGCGAAUGGGAAAAGGAGGAGGAAACUGAGCCUAGCCCGCGAAAGACUGAUGGCUCCUAUACUGUCUACCAGUCUCGGCCGUUCCUCCGGAAGAAGGGUUGGCGUGGUUUCGGAAUGCCAUUUCUCUCAGACUUCGGCGAAGCAAGACUUGGGGACGUGCAUGAGGGAUUGAUACAGCCAGAAAUCUAUCGUGCGCCUGAAGUUAUCCUUGGGAUGAAUUGGACGUCAAAAGUCGAUAUAUGGAACGUGGGAGUGUUGGUCUGGGACCUGUUCGAAGACCACCAUCUAUUUGAUGGUAGAGACCCUAACGGGAGCCAGUCAGAUGUACACCUUCUCGCUGAAAUGAUGGCUAUGUUGGGCCCUCCACCACUUAAUUUCCUUCGCCGGUCUCCCCAGAGCCAAAAGUACUGGGAUUCCAUGGGGCAAUGGAAAGCGAUAGUAGAAGUACCGCCUUACUCAUUAGAGGACUUGGAGGAGUACCUUGAGGGUGAAAACAAGAAGAUGCUCAUGCAGUUCAUUAGAAAGAUGUUACGAUGGGAUCCGGAGGAAAGACACAGCGCCCGCGAACUUCUAUCGGAUCCCUGGCUAAAUUCCCAGUAA